UAGUAUUUUGACAACUAUUUUUGAAUAAUUUUUUUAUUUGUCUUGAUUUCCGUGUCAAUAACCGCAUUGCUCUCUACCGUCAAAAAAAAGAAAAGAAAACGGCAUUGCUCUCUAUAAUUUAGUUGUCUCAUAGGUUGUAAAAAAAAAAUUAGAUGUUAAAAUAACACACCUCUUGAAAAAAAAAAAAAACAACCAACCAAUCCCAUUAAACAAGUCAUCACCAAAUUCAGCUUGAACAGGAGAGAAAAGAAAAGCUGAUAUUAUACAUCUCCUGUUUUCUUGGUGUUAAGGAAGGGAAAAUCUUUCAAGAGGGAAGAAGAAAAAUGGCUGGGGAAUCAAGAAAAUGGGUGGUGCUAAUAGCAACAAUUUGGAUACAAGCAUUCACUGGAACAAAUUUUGAUUUUUCAUCAUAUUCAUCUGAGCUGAAAUCAGUUCUUGAUAUAACUCAACUUCAGCUGAAUUAUCUUUCAGUUGCAUCAGAUAUGGGGAAGGCAUUUGGUUGGUGUUGUGGUGUUUCACUCAUGUAUUUUCCAUUAUGGGUGGUUUUGUUCAUGGCUGCUUUCAUGGGGAUUCUUGGUUAUGGCCUCCAAUGGCUUGUCAUUCAAAGACUCAUCACUUUGCCUUAUUUUCUGGUAUUUUUUCUAUGCUUGAUUGCAGGCUGCAGCAUCUGCUGGUUCAACACCAUCUGCUAUAUAUUAUGUAUAAAAAAUUUCACAUCUAACCGUUCACUUGCGUUAUCUUUAAGCAUUAGUUUCAAUGGUGUAAGUGCAGCUUUAUACACUCUCAUUGCAAAUGCAAUAAUCUCAAACAAUGACACUCUCUAUCUCUUCCUCAAUGCCAUUGUUCCUCUCCUCAUUUCAGCAUUAGUACUCAUUCCAAUUCUCCAACAACCACAACCUCAGCAACAACAUUCCGCUGACACACUUCAUCGUAGCGAUCAUGAUUCCUUAAUUUUUCUUUGCCUCAACAUCCUUGCCCUUGUCACAGGUCUCUACCUUCUCUGCCUAUAUUCUCUUUCGUCGUCCCCAACUGUAGCUCGUGUUAUCCUUGUCGGCGCAAUUUUUCUCUUAUCAAUGCUUUUAUUUUUGCCAAGCAUUGUGUAUUCAAAACAAUGGUCUUGUUUUACUCUUCCGACAAGCUUUUCGUUAUAUGAAUCAAGUUUCGCUGUUAUUGAAAAUAAUGAUGAUAAUCAUGAGCUUGACAAGGAACUAAUUAGUAUAGAGGAUCAUGAUGCAAGGGAUAAUGUAAGUGAUCAAAGCAUGACGAUUGAGAAGAGUUUAUGUUUUGUGAAUGUGUUGGAGAAAGAGAAGAUUAUAAUGCUUGGUGAAGAGCAUACAACUAAGAUGUUGAUUCGUAGGUGGGAUUUUUGGUUAUAUUUCAUUGCUUAUUUCUGUGGUGGAACAAUUGGAUUGGUUUAUAGUAAUAAUUUGGGCCAAAUAUCUCAAUCACUAGGACAUAAUUCUUUGACAAGUUCUCUUGUGACACUUUACUCCACAUGUUCCUUUUUUGGUCGACUUCUUGCAGCUGCACCUGAUUUACUCAGCAGCAAGAUACACUUUGCAAGAACUGGAUGGUUUGCAGCAGCAUUGAUACCAACACCAAUUGCAUUCAUUUUGCUAGCCAUAUCCGGCACCAAAACCGCAUUGCAAUUAGGCACAAGCUUAAUUGGAUUAAGUUCCGGCUUUGUAUUUUCUGCAGCAGUAUCUAUAACAUCAGAACUAUUUGGUCCAAACAGUGUAGGGGUAAACCACAAUAUCCUCAUCACAAACAUUCCAAUAGGGUCAUGUCUUUAUGGCCUUCUUGCUGCAUUGGUUUAUGACUCUAAUGCCAAAAGCUCAAGACAAUCAAUAUGGCUUCGCGAGAUGUCGUUGUGUAUGGGAAGGAAAUGCUAUAUGCAGACAUUUAUAUGGUGGAGUUGCAUUUCAAUUGUUGGAUUAGUUUCAAGCUUCUUGCUUUUCUUAAGGACUAAGCAAGCUUAUGAUAGUUUUGAAAGAAAUAAAAAUCAAAAUAGAAGCAAAUUAGCUUUUGAUACAGAACUGUUCUGAUGAACAUUGUACCAUAUGAUGCAAUGUAUAAAAUUAUUAUAAGGAAUGAAAUACAAAUAUUAUUUUUUGUGCUCAUUGAGCAGAAGAUAUCUAAAAGUGAGAAUUGUUUUUUUAUU